UCCACUGGGUUGCAAGCAGUAUACACCUGCAGAGGAACCCAGAAAGCAGUAUGUGUCCUUUGUUCUUUGGUGCUGGGCUGGUGGUUCUGAACCUAGUGGCCUCUGCUAGGAGCCAGAAGACAGAACCCCUAAGUGACUCUGGGGAACAGCCACUCUUCCGUGGAGCAGACCGUUAUGAUUUUGCCAUCAUGAUCCCACCAAGAGGUUCAGAAUGCUUUUGGCAAUUUGCCUACCAGACUGGCUAUUUCUAUUUCAGCUACGAGGUUCAGCGGACACUGGGAAUGUCACAUGACCGGCAUGUUGCUGCCACCGCACAUACACCACAAGGUUUCCUGAUAGACACCUCCCAGGAUGUUCGGGGUCAGAUUAACUUCUACAUCCAAGAGACAGGUUUUUAUCAGCUUUGUCUAAGAAACCUGCAAAACCGCUUUGGUUCUGUACAAGUGUAUCUAAACUUUGGAGUCUUCUAUGAGGGGCCUGAGGUGGAUCACAAAGAGAAGAAUGAAAGAAAACAACUGAAUGACACUCUGGAUGCAAUUGAGGCGAGUACACGAAAGGUGCAGAACAAUAUCUUUCACAUGUGGCGAUACUACAACUUUGCCCGGAUGAGGAAAACGGGUGACUUUUUCCUUCUCCAAUCAAACUAUUUCUACGUGAACUGGUGGUCGACAGCCCAGAGCCUCGUCAUUAUUCUUUCUGGGCUCCUGCAGCUGUAUUUCUUGAAGCGUCUCUUCAACGCUCCAGCAACUACGGACACAAAAAAGCCAAGAUGCUAAGCUAGGAGGACUAUAGCACUCUGGCUCUUUUCUUCUGGGGUAGAAAAUGAUCAAAUGAGCUUUGAAAAGUUAUUGGAAAAAAUCAAUUUCUCCUGCUAAAGUUUUAGUCUAUUGCUCUCAUCUACAAAAACACAAUGGCAAUAAAAGAGAAACAAUG